AAUCCCCAGGAUGGAUUCAGUCGUUUGAAGCGGUGGAUUAUGAUUGGUGACCAUCAUCAGUUGCCACCAGUCAUUAAGAACAUGGCUUUUCAAAAGUACUCUAACAUGGAGCAGUCUCUUUUUACACGGUUUGUUCGUGUUGGAGUGCCAACUGUUGAUUUAGAUGCACAAGGAAGGGCAAGAGCAAGUCUAUGUAACCUCUACAACUGGCGUUACAAGAACCUGGGUAACCUGCCUCACGUGCAGCUUCUUCCAGAGUUCAGAACAGCCAACGCUGGGUUUUUGUACGACUUCCAGCUUGUAAAUGUAGAAGAUUUCAAUGGUGUGGGAGAGUCUGAACCCAAUCCUUAUUUCUAUCAGAAUCUUGGUGAAGCAGAGUAUGUUGUGGCACUCUUCAUGUAUAUGUGCCUGCUUGGUUAUCCUGCAGACAAGAUAAGUAUCCUGACAACAUACAAUGGACAGAAACAUCUGAUCCGUGAUGUCAUUAAUCAGCGAUGUGGAAAUAAUCCACUCAUUGGACGGCCAAACAAGGUAACAACUGUGGACAGAUUUCAAGGUCAACAAAACGACUAUAUUCUCCUUUCACUAGUGCGUACCAAAGCUGUAGGCCACCUUAGGGAUGUCCGACGAUUAGUUGUUGCAAUGUCAAGAGCCAGGCUUGGGCUUUAUAUCUUUGCAAGGGUGUCACUGUUUCAAAACUGUUUUGAGCUAACUCCAGCUUUCAGCCAGCUCACAGCUCGACCACUUCACCUUCACAUCAUUCCCACAGAAUGUUUUCCAACUGCAAGACAGAAUGGAGAAAGACCAUCUCACCAAAUACAUGUUAUUAAGAACAUGCCUCAAAUGGCAAACUUUGUGUACAAUAUGUAUAUGCACAUGAUACAGAGUACACGCCACUAUCAACAGCGUUUACUACCACCACCUGCCAUGAUUGAAGAACCAGAAACCACUCAAACUCAAGAGACUGAAGGAGAAGGUGAAGUGCAAGGCAUGCAGGAAGAUAGAGAAGAGGAAGAAAGUAAAGUAGGGGAAGAAAUGGUAAAGGAAGGAGAAUUGAAAGUGGAUGAAGUGGAUGAACACAGAACAAUGCCAGAACACCCCGGAAGAGACAGUGAUAGUGGAGACAGUGAACCUGAGAAUGAGACUGAAAAGUGAUCUGUGGGACGUUUGUCCUCCUCAUGUUUUGGAAAAUGG